AUGGCCACAACAAAGUCAUCUACUCUUCAAGGGUGCAGCGCAAGAAUAACAUCACCUCUAUGUAUAGAAGACGCCUUUGACACUCUACGAGGCCGCGAAAAAUCCCAAGCCUGCCCAGAGGAAACAACUUCAGAAACUAAAGAAAAUCGUGACUGGGCACUGAUCAUUGCAGUCCAUCCCGACGACCAUCAAAGAUUCUUUUUGUGCACAAUAGCAAAGCAAUCCGAGUUGAACGGUGCAUAUUACGGUCCAUCAAUUCCACCACAACAAUCAUAUCACAGUCAUGGCCGUGGAAGUAGCGACUGUGGAAUCUGUUGUUUCCCAUGCUGUAUUCUCAAGAUGAUCUUCCAAAUAAUUUUCUUUCUUCUCAUCGUGUUGGGUUUAGCAGCUCUUGUUGUUUGGUUAAUCCUUCGUCCGAUUAAUCCCUUGAAAGUCCAUGUCGAAGAAGUUUCGCUUACUCAAUUCAAUGUUACGGACAACAACAUCCUUCACUACAAUCUUGGUGUAACCAUAAAUCUAAGAAACCCUAACAAGAAAAUUGGUGUUUACUAUGAUGAGAUUGAAGCUAGAGCUUUUUACGAUGGUCAGCGGUUCGAUUCGAUCACGAUAACACCAUUCUAUCAAGGUCAUAAGAACACAACUAUUCUUAAACCAGUUUUCAAAGGGCAGAGACUUUUACCAAACGUACAUGGUGAGUACAAUAAAGAUAAGACUGAAGGGAAGUUCGAUAUUGAAGUUAAACUCUAUCUUAAGAUGAGAUUCAAGGCCGGUGUUGUUAAGACUUUGAAGUUUAAGCCUAAGAUUAUGUGUGAGUUUGAAGUUCCUUUGGGUUCUGAGUCCAAUCCUGGAGUUGGCUUCACUGCUGAGAAGUGUGAAUUUGGUUACAGAUUCUAAUCCUCCUCGGCAUAUUCCUUGGUUUAUUUUUUUCAUUUUGGUACAGAGAGAGAUAGAUGCACUGUUGAUGAUAGGAGUAUUGUUUUAAUUGGUUCAUUUUCGUUUGUGUUAGGUGUUAUUUAGAUAACACCAUUUACUUUUUCCUUUUUAUGUGAAUAAAUAAUUUGAUUUUGAGUUUUUUAA